GAAUGUUUCUCUCCAUCAGAGUCGAAGAAUCAGAACUAUUGUUAGUUUUGUGUGGUCUGUGAGCAGACGUUUAUCAGCAUUAUACUGAAGAGAAAAAAACCUACAAGGAAACUAUUGACAACUCGAGUCUUUGAUGUACAAUGGGUGCCCCCAAAAUCCACCGGGUCACGCUGCUAAUGACCGCCGUAUCCUAUGUGAUAAUUGGAUGUGGAAACUGUCAAUCAAACUCAUCCAAUGACUUAAAGCUCUAUAUCUCUGGUAACCAUGGCAACCCCGAAUCUCCGGCGCUCCCCUUGGAGCCUUCGGGGUCAGAUGUCGUGACCCCUGACCCCAGAGCUGUCCAUCAAGUCUCCCAUCCGUCAGGGAACGGAUCGGUGCGAGCCCAGCCGCUGUCUUUGCCCCCGGCUUGUCUGAGGAGGACGUACAUCGAGGGUCUGUUUAAAUAUGUCAACACGGUUCUUUCCUGUCUGAUCUUUGCGGUCGGGAUGGUUGGGAACACGACGCUUUUGAGAAUAAUUUACCUGAACAGAACCAUGAGGAACAGGCCGAAUGCGCUGAUCGCCAGUCUAGCGCUGGGAGACCUCAUAUACAUCGCCAUUGACAAACCCAUCAAUGCCUAUAAGUUGUUGGCAAUGCGAUGGCCGUUUGAUGACAGUGUGUUCGGUCUCUUCCUGUGUAAACUGAUGCCAUUUCUACAGAAAGCUUCAGUCGGGAUAACAGUUCUCAAUCUGUGUGUGCUCAGUGUGGACAGGUAUCGAGCGGUAGCGUCUUGGAGUCGUGUGCAGGGUGUUGGUAUUCCAGCGUCCACAGCUGUCGAGAUCGUGUGCAUCUGGGUGUUGGCUGUAAUUUUGGCCGUUCCAGAAGCCAUCGGGUUCAAAAUGGUCAGUUUUGACUACAACAACGUCACGAUACGAACCUGCAUGCUGAAACCAGAGACGCCAUUCAUGACGUUCUACAGGGAUGUGAAGGUGUGGUGGUUGUUCGGCUUUUAUUUCUGUGUUCCUCUGGUGUGUACGGCCGUCUUCUACACACUCAUGACCUGUGAGAUGUUGAGCAACAGGAAAGGCAGUCUGAAAUACUCUCUCAGUGAACAUCUCAAACAGAGGCGUGAGGUGGCGAAGGCUGUGUUUUCUCUGGUGUUGAUCUUUGCUCUCUGCUGGUUCCCGCUGCAUCUGAGUCGCAUCCUGAAGAAGAUGGUUUACUUUCAGAAUGACGUCGGCCGCUGUGACCUGCUCAAUUUCCUGUUAGUGUUUGAUUAUUUAAGUAUCAAUCUGGCUACCGUCAACUCCUGCAUCAAUCCUAUAAUCCUCUACUUCGUCAGCAAGAAAUUCAAGAACUGCUUCAGGACGUGUUUGUGUUGUUGUUGGUAUCCGGGUUCGUUGUUCAGCAGCGUCGUGCCUCAAAAUGGCACCAGUAUCCAGUACAAGAACCCUGAUGUACACAACAUCGUAUCAGACCGAACCACACUGCGCAAGGACAGCUACAACUGAACCAUCACACACACACACACACACAAACUUGUUUUAAUAUCAUUAUGAGGACUCUCCAUAGACAUAAUGAUUUUUAUACUGUACAAACUAUAGAUUCUAUCCCCUAACCCUAACCCUAACCCUAAACACACACACACACUCACACACACUCACACACACACACACACACACACACUCACACACACACACACAUGUUGGUGCAGCUAUCAUUAUGAGGACUCUCCAUAGACAUAAUGAUUUUUAUACUGUAUGAACUAUAGAUUCUAUCCCCUAACCCUAACCCUACACCUAAACACACACACACACACACAUACACACACACACACACAUACACACACACUCACACACACUCACACACACACACACACAUGUUGGUGCAGCUAUCAUUAUGAGGACUCUCCAUAGACAUAAUGAUUUUUAUACUGUAUGAACUAUAGAUUCUAUCCCCUAACCCUACCCCUAAACACACACACACACUCACACACACACACACACACACAUGUUGGUGCAGCUAUCAUUAUGAGGACUCUCCAUAGACAUAAUGAUUUUUAUACUGUAUGAACUAUAGAUUCUAUCCCCUAACCCUAACCCUACACCUAAACACACACACACACACACAUACACACACACACACACAUACACACACACUCACACACACUCACACACACACACACACAUGUUGGUGCAGCUAUCAU